UGACUUUGCUUCAGCCUCACCAGUGGCAGCACGGCAGUGCUACAAGACAAUGGGCAAACAUCAGAGGAGACACCGAAAGGGAGGCAGAGGGUGCCCUUGAAUUGCUGUGGCUGGGACUCCUUGCAAUCUGCAGACUAUUUCAAUGCGUGUCGGCCUCGAUGGUGCGGUGGUGGUACCCAUGGGCCGCCGCUUGGCGCCCGCUUGGAGUUGGUAAAGUGAAUGUUGGAUUACUUUCAUAAUAGGAUGGAUCCACGAUCAGACCUGCCUACUAGCGCUGGGUAACUCCUGGGGAUGUCCCUAUUGGUGUUGGGCGUCGUUCUGUCCACUGGACGGCCAGUGCCCCCAUACUGAAAGCUUUUGCUGGACGGAGACUUCAUGGAAAGCCUCAGCCCCCAGGAGGUUUCGAAACUGCUUGAAGCUGAAGCUGACACCCUGCAGCAGAUGCAGAGCAAGGUGGAGAAACAGCUGGAAAGGCUGAAGCUCGAGGAACAAUUGAUCCUCCAGUCUGCUUCUUGGAAUAUGCAAGAUCAGCAAAUCGCUGGUGAUGAGGAUCUGGCCCCUCUUCCUCGACCACUCUCCCCAUUGCACGAAGCACACAUAGAUACCGUCUCGAGACCCGACGAGCGGCAAGCGGCUGCUUGGGGCACGGUUUUGGACAAUGAGCGCCCGAUAGUUCAAGAAGAUACCGGUUCUGACAGUGAACUUGAAAAGAAAUUGAAGGAGGCACUUGAGGCGGAGAAUUUUGAAGACUCUGAGAACGACGAGGAAUCAGAUUAGCAGGUACGGUAUGCCAUUACUUGUCUGAUCUAGUCACGCGGCUUUACUUCGACAGCCAUCAUUCUAUGCCUCCAAUGGUUCGGCGAUAACCCUGUUACAAUUGCUGUCG